UCUCAGUCUUAAUUAAAGUAUUACUACCCUCAUCACCAAUAUGGUUCUAAAGUCAGCUCUUAUUCUUCUGAGUCUGGCCCGGUUUUUAUCUGCUUACCAAAGCCCGACAUGCCUGUCCCCCAAUAUUGAUGGAAGCCUAAGCAAUAAGGCCAUUUGCUGCCUUAAUAACAAUAAUAUAGGCGAGGAAUCGGUAGAUGGAACCAUUUAUAAAUAUAAAUGUGGCUACUAUUCCGAUAGCCUUAUUUGGCAACAAGGCCAAUAUUCCUCCAAUGCCAAUGAUUGUGCCAGGAAGUGCUCAGCACAAGCUACGUCCAAUACUCCCUGCCACGCAGCUACCUGGAUGGCGAAUUCAAACCAGCCAAAUAUUGGUACUUGCUAUCUUUCAACUGCCGGGUUUAAAGAAAAGCCUGAUCUAACCGGCGAGCGGCUGCUGCUGGUCCGAACUGAUCGGACACCUAUGGACGACUACCAGCCAGAGAUCGACGAGGUUGUGAAACAAGAACAAGAAAAUUGUGAUAAAAUUAUAGAUGAGGAUCGCAAGAGGUACAUCCAGUUUACACGAAACUGUCGAAAUCUAGGUCCAUAUUACAAGGAGAUAAGGAUGGAUAAAACUGUCAAAUUCCAAUUAUUCUGUGAAACCUAUCCUCAAUCCAAAAAUGGGAAACUUGACCUUGGAAGAACUUCUGGAUAUGAAGAGUGCUUAAAGGAAUGUGCUUCUAGGGGGAAAAACUGUAAGAGUGGAUGGUAUGAUACAUCUAGCGGGAAUUGCUAUGGUUUCAAGAGGAAGGAAAAGCUAAUUGGAAAUGGCACUUGGAAUAUUGGCUUCGCGAGAGUGCCUUAGCCUAACCGAACCGUGCGUCCUCCCGCCUCGUGGGUGCAUGUCCAGUAACCCGCCCGUCUGCUUGCUUCUUUUUCCUUUGCUCUUGGAUUAUUGAAUCUGAUAAUUUUUUCUUUUCUUUUUUCUUUAAAUGAUCUGUUACCUAAUAACUUAAUACAAUGAGGUGUUAGUAUCAAA